AUGGCAGACGAAACCCCUUGUUCAGCCUGCACCUGGAGUCCUGAUCGCCAGAGCUACUGCAGCUACAAAAGUCAUGUACACAUAUUCUAUGAAGCAGGUGACCGCGGUGUCUGGUCCAUCGGGUCAAAAUAUAUCCUGAAAGAGCGGUCCUGCAAGUCGCCCAGCUACGAGUCUGUCAAUACCCGCUUCGUGAAGGAGAACACCACCAUACCCAUACCCUCGGUCUUGAAGGGCUGGAAUGAUGAGGAUGAACGAUAUUUUCUCAUAGCUGAGAGAGUACCAGGAGAAAUACUGGAGAAAAUCUGGCCAAAGAUGUCUACCCCAGCGAAAGAACGUCUUGCUCAACAAACCACCGGGUAUCUCAAACAGCUUCGCCAGCUUCACUCACCCAAAAUCCAGAGCGUGCAUGGUCAGCCAGUGUAUGAUAAUUUUUUGUUUCCCGGUUAUGGGCCUAAAGGCUAUGAAGUGCCUCAUGGACCUCUCUCGUCCGACGAGCAACUCUGGAAUGAGAUGACGCCAGCCUUGAAGAACUUACCCGAUGUAGCUCGUGCGAACCUACGGGAGAAAAUGCCCUCUGCGCAGCCAUACACGUUUACCCAUGGAGAUUUGACCACUUGCAAUAUCAUGGUUGAUCCAGACACUCACUCGCUCACGGCAAUCAUCGAUUGGGAAAAUGCUGGCUACUUUCCUGUCUGGUGGGAGUUUGCUCGUGCAAGCAUUUCUUAUAGCGAUGAUGACAAGGAAUGGAAAGACUUUCUCAGGAGCUACAUGCCCGACCACUCUGCUGGGCGGGAGUUCUGGAGGGAUAUACAGGCUUUGGCGGGAGCGUUUCCUUCGCUGGUAGAUAGAGGGCGUGAGCUCAUUCGAAAAUGUGGCAUUAAAGAUGAUGAUUCGUCUCAGGAGUAA